CCCACAUUCGUAUGUAGAUUUUAUGCACUCACAAUGUAAACAGUUUGUGGUAAACAAUAAUAAAUAUAUUGGCGGCUUGUCUGACCUGCAAUGAAAUGAGCAGAGUUAACGGCUGUUCCGUUCAGUUGUUAUCUAGCAUUUGUGGAGUACAGUAUAGAUGUAACGCUCUUGUAAUGGGUAUCCCACUAACAGAUUACAAGCCAGCGCGCUAUCCAACAAAUCUUUUACAAAAAGAUUGGUCCAAGCGUAAGCUGCACUAUGGCACCGAUCGCCUUGACUACAUAAAGAAAGUUCAUGAUGUUGAGGUGCUGCCAGAUGAUGUGUGGCUAGUGACAUUGCCGAAAUGUGGUACAACAUGGAUGCAGGAACUGUUGUGGCUGGUAAUGAAUAAUUUUGACUUUGAAACAGCCAAAAGGGAACACUUGGAACUACGCUCGCCAUAUAUGGAAUUUGAUUAUAUGAUCAACAAUGAUUUGGAAACUUGUUUUCGACCCAUUGAACAAUUGAGCCGGCCUCGCCUUAUUAAAACCCAUUUGAGUUUGCCACUACUGCCGCAUCAAAUUUGGGACAAGAAACCCAAGGUCGUUUAUGUGGCCCGCAACGUCAAAGAUGCCAUUGUCUCGGAAUAUUAUCAUGCACGCAAUGUUGGGGCUUUCGAUGACAAAACAUUGGACAACUAUGUUGUGGAGGAGAUUGAGGGCACUAAAUUGCAUGACCCCUUUUUACAUAUAACCGAAUUCUAUGCAUUGCGUCACGAACCUUGGCUAUUUUACACCAGUUUUGAAUGCAUGAAAAUGAAAUUGCGCCAGGUGAUAUUGGAUGUUUGUCAAUUUUUGAAUAAAACCAUCGACGAUGAAACAAUGAAGAAAAUGCUAAAACAUUUAUCCUUUGAGGAAAUGAAGAAUAAUCCCAAGACGAAUCAUAUUUGGGAAUUACAACAAGUUCGUGCCAAACAUGGUCUACAACCGGAAGGACAAGAGUUUAAUUUUAUACGCAAGGGCCAAAUGAAUGCCUAUAAACAGGAAUUGUCUCCGGAAGUGGUAAAUAAAGUAGACAAUUGGGUGGAGUGGAAUUUAAAAGAUCUCAAUGUGACAUUGGAUGAAUUGUUAUUAAUGGAUAAUGCCAAAGCUGAAUGAGUGAUAUAUUAAACGCUUUCAGAUUUUCAAAAAUAUAAGCAAAUAUACUUUGUAACAUUAUACACAUGUGUUCUUAUAUAUCUACAUUAAACUUAUGAAAUAAGAGAAAAUAA